AGUGGCCAAACAGUCUAAAAAGCAGGUGUACGCGUGCGUGUUCAUUUAAGAACAAAAGUGCGUUCAGAUGAACCAACCAUCGUUAAAUUCCGAAUAUUAUAUCGCUUUUAUUUUUUGGUUAAUGAACGUAUUUGACUUUUAAUUUUUUAGCUCUCUUCGUGGCAACCCUACUGCACGUGACGCGGAAGGAAAAAGAAAAUAACGGUUUGCUUCUUACCUUUAUUUUCCAUGGGAUAAACUUCACACAAGGUAAAACAAAGCAACUCAAGGUUGUUUUACUUGCGGAACUUGCCAACAUGGAGGCGAGAGGAAAGUACGACUUCAUGGCAAGAGCGGCUGGUGAGCUGAACUUUAAGAAGAAUGACGUGGUGAAGAUUUUAAGCACGUACGACAAGUGGUACAAAGCCGAGAUGAACGGCCACGAAGGCCUCGUCCCCAGGACCUACGUGGACCUGACCAUACCUGGAUGGUUCCAGGAGAACGCCACUCGCGGCAUGGCUGAGCAAAUCCUCAGCGCCAAACCCGUCGGUGACUUCGUCAUCCGAGGAUGUCAAAGUUCACCCGGAAACUUCUCCAUCUCCGUCAAGCACGAGUGCAACGUGCAACACUUCAAGGUCAUCCGCGACGAGCGAGGUCACUACAUCCUGUGGGCCGAGAAGUUCACGUCGCUCAACAAGCUGGUGAACUACUACAAGACCACCUCCAUCUCCAAAACCAGCAACAUCUUCCUCAACGACGGCGUCACAACGUCCAGCGCCCAAUCGCCUAGGGGGCGUGGCCCGGAGGAGCGCACUGAAAGCAUCGUCCAAUCAGAAAGAAGACCGAUCACUGCUGCUCGAGCUCCUGACAGCGCCAGCCUUCACCAGGUUUUGGCUUUGUACGACUUCAACGCUGAAGAAGACGACGAGUUGAGCUUCUACGCCGGCGACAUCAUCAACAUCACCGACACCUCUAACUCUGCCUGGUGGACGGGAAGGUGCGGCGACAGGAAAGGACUCUUUCCAGCAAACUACACCAAACCAAUUUGAUGCAGAAGACGACGAAGGGAGAGGAGCCAAGUCAGUCUCAGUUCAUUUGAUACAGAGGAGAUGUUUCAAAUUGAAGAUCCAACAUUUUGUAUCUAUUUUCGUCAUUGUGGGUAGCCAGGACGGCUGGGCCGUUCUUUUGAGACCAUUUGUCAGAACUGUUGAGAAAUUCGUCAGUCGUGUAAUUUGGAUUUGGGGUGAUAAAACUUUUUUCUUGAUUUUCUUCAGAUUUGAUGCGAUGUGUCCCAGGGAUGGGAAUUGAUUAGGUUUUAGUCCAUCCGAUUCCUUUUUGAUUCUCACGGGGUGAGGAAAUGAAAUAAUACAAAACGCCUUUUUUUGCUUUCACGCUUGAAUAGGUUCAACUUUGGACACAGCUUAUCAGUGUAGCUCUAUUUCUUUUCUUUUUUUUCGGGGAGUGGGGUGAGGAGACAAAGCGAUGGCACCGCUCCUCCACUUUGAUCAAACAGGAAGUGGUUUGUUUGCUUGACUCCUUGCUGCUGCAGCAUGUGGUCAGGUGACCUUCAUCAUCUUCAUCUUCUCACGUCAUGUGAAGAUGUUGAUUUAUGAUGAAUCGUUUAAAAAGAAUUUGCAAACAAACAUGAAAUAUGUACUGCUGAUGUCACGCUGCUGUUUUUGCAAAAAGAAGUAAAGUUACUUCAACACUUCUGAAA